UUUCAACUUUCAGACCCCGGAACUAACAGCUAGAGGCGGUUCCAACUUCUAAUAACAACUUAGUGAUUGUUUGUUUUGGUAUUAUUACAAUAAAGACACGUCGCUAGAGAGUACCGAGUAACCAAGCCUACAUACCCGCCAUGUUAGCUCCUCUUCUUCCACCGUUAAACUCCACCUGACGGACCUUCCGUGUUCACUCUCCUCCACAACACGAUGUCGGUGUGUCCGCUGCUCCUCGCCGCGCUCCUCGUCAGUUUCCCGGCGGCUUUAUUAGCUCGGCAGCCUCACAUAGUCUUCAUCCUGGCAGACGACUUCGGCUGGUAUGACAUCGGCUACCACCGCUCCGAGAUCCGGACCCCUCACCUGGACGAGCUGUCCGCCGGAGGAGUCCGCCUGGAGAACUACUAUGUGCAGCCUCUGUGCACCCCGUCCAGGAACCAGCUCAUGACGGGCAGGUACCAGAUCCACACAGGCAUGCAGCACCAGAUCAUCUGGCCCUGUCAGCCCUACUGUGUGCCUCUGGAUGAGAAAAUGCUGCCUCAGCUGAUGAAGGAGGCCGGCUACGCCACGCACAUGGUGGGCAAGUGGCACCUGGGGAUGUACAAGAAGGACUGCCUGCCCACACGCCGAGGCUUUGACACGUACUUUGGCUACCUGACAGGCAGCGAGGACUAUUUCACUCAUGUCCGCUGCGCUCCCAUCGCUGCUCUGAACCUGACUCGCUGUGCGUUGGACCUGCGGGACGGAGAGGAGGUUGCCACCGCGUACAAAGGAGUCUAUUCCACUGAGCUGCUCAGCCAGAGGGCCACCAGCAUCAUUAGAAAACACAACUCUAACGAGCCUCUCUUCCUCUACGCGGCGUUGCAAGCAGUUCACGCACCGCUGCAGGUGCCCGAGCGCUACGUGGCCCCCUACAGUUUCAUCAAAGACCCCGAGCGCAGGCUGUACGCGGGCAUGGUGUCGGCCAUGGACGAGGCAGUGGGCAACAUCACUCUGGCUUUGCAGCAGGAAGGACUCUGGGACAACACGAUCCUGGUGUUCUCCACUGAUAACGGAGGUCAAACACUGUGCGGUGGCAGCAACUGGCCACUGCGAGGGAGGAAGUGGUCACUGUGGGAAGGAGGGAUCCGGGGAGUCGGAUUUGUCGCCAGCCCGCUUCUAAAGCAACCCGGAACCAUCAGCCACGAGCUCAUCCACAUCUCCGAUUGGCUGCCAACACUCGUUGGCCUGGCGGGAGGGAGCACCAACGGCACAAAGCCACUGGACGGAUUCAACGUGUGGAACACAAUCAGCAAAGGGUUUGCCUCACCCAGACUGGAGCUGCUGCACAACAUUGACCCUCGGUAUAUCGACAUCGCUCCGUGUCCUGGCACGAAGCGUCGGUUAACUUUGGCUCAGGUGGGCAGCGGAGACUCCCGGGCCAACUCUGGCUUCAAUGUGUCCAUUCACGCUGCCAUUCGAUCCUCAAACUGGAAGCUGCUGACGGGCUACCCAGGUUGUGACGUUUGGUUCCCCCGGCCCGGCGACAACAGCUCGAGCCCCUCGGAUGUGCCUCCGCUGAAGCAAGUGAUGCUGUUUGACAUAGAGAAAGAUCCAGAGGAGAGGAAUGAAGUAUCCGCUCAGUACCCCACAGUGGUGGAUUAUCUCCUCAACAGGCUCUACCGCUACCAGAAGAGUGCCGUGCCAAUAAAUUUCCCUGCUGAUGACCCCAGAUGUGACCCAGGCCCCACUGGCGCCUGGGGACCCUGGGCUUAGAUGACAAUGACAACGCUUUGUUUACUGUGAAAUGUGAAGUCUUGGAAACAUUUUCUUACUCUAACUAAAAGAUAAUCAUAAUGUCAGAUCGUCCGUACAACCAGGAGAGGAGUUCAGUCCCUAACUUGACUGCCAGAUGCCGCCGUAAUUAUUGAUCUGUGUCCAACGUCCGAGACGCUUUCAGAGCUUUAUUUAAAGUGAUUAUGUAAAGAUACACAUGUUACUGAUUUGUAAAGCGCAUCUCCCCUGCUGUUUCAGGUAUUUGUAAUUUAUUUAUCUACUGUUGAGAAGCUGCAGGUUACUUGUAGCUGUCAAAACACUUGAGCUUUUUAUGGAUUAUACAAGAAGAAAGGAAAGCAUUUGAAGGUGUUGAGAGAUAUAAGAUGCACGUUAUGUUGAUUUUUACCAAGAUUUGGAGCUUUAAAACUGCACCAAUCAAUAUUUUUAUCUUGACGAUGGAUAAAAUUACUACAAACCCACCUUUUUUUUCAGCCUCUUUCAGCUGAAGGUUUCACUGCUCUCGUCUGCGUCGUUUCCACCAGCAGCGGGAACUUGUUUUCAGUGAAAAAACUCACUAGUUUGUGAACAUAGUGGAGCAUUUAGCAACUUAAGAGCCAGAUAUUUCCCUGAGGGGUUAGUGGAGACCUGUAGUUACCUGAUUUUAAUCACCAUUCAGCACCAUGUUGUAUCUUUUAAAGAUAUUUUCUGCUUUAUUUUUUGUCAAACAUGUUUUAUUGAGGAAGGAUUACAAGUUGUAGGACAUGAGAAUGAAGUACACAUCAACAUAACUUAAAAUAUAAUAAUCCCUUCUGAUCAGUAGUAAUAUUAAUGGUAGUGUUAGUAGUGUUUUCCAGAGGUUCAAACCAAUGUUUAAAGGCCCAGUGUGUAACAUUUAGGAGAAUCUAUUGGCAGAAAUGGAAUAUAAUAUUCAUAGGUAUCUUUUUAUUAGUGUAAAAUCACCUGAAUAUAAGAAUCGGCUCGGGAAAAGGGCUCAGAGAGCGAGCAAUAUUCAGUUGGUUGCACCGCUAGAUGCCACUAAAUCCUACAGACUGGUCCUUUAAAUACAGGAUUUCUACAGACUGCCACUCGGCUCUACUUAAAUACAACUUAAAUCUGCUGCACAGUCUGUGGACAUUCAUUAGAUGUUUGAAUAUGUAACCAAGGGCUGGAUAACAGGUGAAGAUGUUUUCCCCCUAAGAUUUCUGUUGGGAACUGUUUGUGACUGAAUCGCAGAGUAACAGAUGGAGUUGGUGGAGCAAAUAUUUGACUUCCAUUCAUUUGUUUGCCAGAAACGCGACUCCAAAUGAAUGCUAAUGAGUGCUAAUGUUGCUCUGUAUCUUUUUCAGGUGAUAAUGUGCCAGUGUUGUGUUUACAGCUUGUUGCACUGACCCUAAAUCACAAAAGAAUUCAUUGAACUGCACUCUUUUGUGUUUGUUUGUUUGUUUGAAAUUAAUUUUGCACACCACUAUUUGUAAGUGCCUUCUGGAGUCUGUUGCCAGGUUUAUUUGUUCUGGAAACAAAUAAAUAAUAAAUGAGAAUUUAGCUAAUUACAA